CUUAAAAGUCCAUUUUACAGCGGAAAUCUAUUAUGUAUGGUUGCAGUGACGAUGAGGCCGGCUAGCGGAGGUCCGCCGCUGGGCUGCUUGCUGGCGCUUCGCUUCCUGACCCUGGUUCUCUGGAACGUUCCCGGGGCCUGGGCCCUGGACAAUGGCUUGGCCAUGACCCCUACCAUGGGCUGGCUGCACUGGGAGCGCUUCAUGUGCAACACUGACUGCAACGAAGAUCCGGAUUCCUGUAUCAGUGAGAAGCUCUUCAUGCAAAUGGCAGAUCUCAUGGACUCAGAUGGCUGGAAGGAAGUAGGGUAUGAGUACCUCUGCAUUGAUGACUGUUGGAUGGCACCCGAAAGAGACUCAAAAGGCAGACUUCAGGCAGACCCUAUACGCUUUCCUAGUGGGAUCCGCCACCUAGCUAAUUAUGUCCAUAGCAAAGGACUGAAGCUAGGGAUUUAUGCAGAUGUUGGGAAAAAAACCUGUGCAGGCUACCCUGGGAGUUUGGGAUACUAUGACAUUGAUGCCAAGACCUUUGCUGCCUGGGGAGUAGACCUGCUAAAAUUUGAUGGUUGUUACUGUGACAGUGUGGAACAGUUGGCAAAUGGUUAUAAGAAUAUGUCCUUGGCCCUGAACAAUACCGGCAGAAGCAUUGUGUACUCCUGUGAGUGGCCCAUGUAUAUGUGGCCCUUUCAUAAGCCCAAUUAUACAGAAAUCCGACAGUACUGCAAUCACUGGAGAAAUUUUGGAGACAUUUAUGAUUCUUGGGAAAGUGUAAAGAGUAUCUUGAGGUGGACAUCUUCUAUCCAGAAGACACUUGUUAGUGCCGCAGGACCAGGGGGUUGGAAUGACCCAGAUAUGUUAGUGAUUGGCAACUUUGGCCUCAGCUGGGAUCAGCAGAUAACUCAGAUGGCCCUCUGGGCUAUCAUGGCAGCUCCAUUACUCAUGUCCAAUGACCUCCGACAAAUCAGCCUUCAAGCCAAAACCCUCCUCCAGAAUAAGGAUGUAAUUGCCAUCAACCAGGACCCCUUGGGCAAGCAGGGGUACCUACUUAGAGAGGAAGACAACAUUGAGGUGUGGGAACGCCCUCUCUCAAACUUAGCCUGGGCUGUGGCUGUGGUAAACCUGCAGGAGAUUGGUGGACCUCGUUCUUACACAAUCAAUGUUGCUUCCCUGGGUCAAGGGCUGGCCUGUAAUCCUGCUUGUCUUGUCAUGGAGCUGCUCCCUGUGAAGACAAAACUUGGGUUUUAUGAAUGGACUUCAUGUUUAAAAACUCGAGUAAAUCCCACCGGUACUGUUUUGCUUCGGCUAGAAAGAAACUAGAUUACAUUGUAAAGCUUCCUGAGAAUUUAUUGAAUUUGUAAGGAAAGGAUAGAGAAACAUCGAGCUGUUUUUCCACUCA